UGUUGGGCUGUCGCUUAGAAGAGGAGGCGGAGGAGGAGCUGCACAAACCUGGCAACUCUGACAGCCGAUUCCUUAACAGUUCAUUGAGUGAAGAUGGCAGAUUUUGAAGAGCUCAGUGACGAGGAGAAGAUCCGCAUUGCAGCUGAUUUUGUGAUCCAUGCUCCUCCAGGAGAAUUCAAUGAAGUCUUCAAUGAUGUGCGACUACUGCUCAACAAUGACAACCUUCUCAGAGAGGGCGCAGCUCAUGCCUUUGCCCAGUACAACACGGAUCAGUUCACUCGUGCCAAAAUUAAUGGAUAUGAUGAUGAGGUCCUCAUUACUGAGCAUGGAGACCUGGGUAAUGGCCGCUUCUUUGACCCUCAUAACAAGAUCUCCUUCAAGUUUGACCACCUGAGAAAGGAGGCCAGUGACCCCCAGCCCCAUGAGGGAGAGGCCGCUCUCAGGCCCUGGAGAGAUGCCUGUGAUUCUGCCUUGAGGGCUUAUGUCAAGGAGCACUACCCCAGCGGAGUCUGCACUGUUUAUGGGAAAACAAUCGAUGGCCAGCAGACCAUUAUUGCAUGCAUUGAGGGACAUCAGUUUGAGCCUAAAAACUUCUGGAACGGCCGCUGCCGGUCUGAAUGGAGGUUCAGCGUUUCACAGCCUACAGCGCAAGUUACUGGAGUCUUGAAAAUUCAGGUACAUUAUUAUGAGGAUGGAAAUGUGCAGCUGGUCAGCCAUAAAGACAUACAGGAAGCACUGACAGUGUCUAAUGAGAGCCAGACUGCAAAGGAGUUGGUGAAAAUUAUAGAGGAUGCAGAGAAUGAAUACCAGACGGCUAUCAGCGAGAACUAUCAAACAAUGUCAGACACCACGUUCAAAGCCUUACGCAGACAGCUCCCAGUCACUCGUACCAAGAUUGACUGGACCAAGAUCCUAAGCUACAAGAUCGGCAAGGAGAUGCAGAAUGCUUAGAGGAUGACCCUGACAAACUGAUGAGGGAAAGCCGAUGCUCGUGUGGAGAUGUGUGAUGCAACAUAAUGUACUGUAUGUCCUUCUAAAAGCCGUGUUUGGUUUGUUUUUUUUUUUCCAGAGAAUGACAGAUUAUGUUGAGCACUGAGCGGCGAUGCCUUUAUAAUAAAGACAUUGAAUAGUGUAACUGUUGCUCAUUUGCAAACACAUAUGGUUAUUUUUCUAACAACUAAUGCAUUUAGUGACACUGUGAAAAUUUGGGUCAUUCCUUGUCAUUCAAAUACAGAUGUACCUUAUGUAAACACAGUUUGUGAUCCCCUGUGCUUCAAAUGGUUACACCCACUUGACUUUUAUGUAGCAAAUAACCUGUAUAACACAGCUGAUGUUCUGUUUUCAAUACCUCCAUAGUAGUUUUUAUUAAGAGACGGAAGAUACUCUCUGCAGUUUGAUGUAAUCUCAGUUGAAAAAGACCUGUCAAAUUACAAAUUCUAUGUUUUAAAAAAUGCCAUCUGUAUAUAUUUACGCGUCCCUCUGGAUGGAUGUGGGGUUGUAUAACCAGCGGGAAAGCCAAAGUAUAAACACCUUGUCCUUUCCUUACUCACUGACCAGAUUUUAAUAUCCCUCUUGAAAUUGGAAUUUUACCCCUUUCAUUUCUCCCUGCUAUUGACAGAUGUUUUAGUGAGAAAUAAUCCCUCUGUAUUCCACAGGACUGGAAAAAUACUGGUAUCCCCCUGCCAACUGUUUGCCUUUAGCUUUGGCUCUAUUUUUUUAUACAAACUGUAAGUACAUUUAUUAUUCAUGAAAUAAAAAGUUGCACAAAAUAUUACAUAAGCAA